AUGGAAGUUGGCGAGUGUUGCAAAUUUUGGAUAGUUCUGCUAUCGAUAGUAAGUAGUUUAUUGGUGGCUGUCGUUUCCGGUUCGAAUAACUUACCAGACGAUCCUCGAGUACUUGAGGAUUUGUUUCCCUUAACAUUAGUACAUAUCAAUGAUUUUCAUGCGAGAUUCGAAGAAACCAACUUAAAAUCGAUCAAUUGCACCGAUGUGGAUAGAGGCAAUCAUCGUUGCGUUGCUGGUCUAGCACGAGUCUACACGAUAAUAAAACGGCUUUUGCAUCGACAUAACGACAAGAACGCGAUCUAUCUGAAUGCAGGAGACAACUUCCAAGGCUCACUGUGGUACAAUCUGUUGCGAUGGGAAGUAAUGGCUGAAUUUAUGAAGAAGUUAAAGCCUACUGCGAUGACACUGGGAAAUCAUGAGUUUGAUCAUGGUUCAAAGGGACUUGCACCGUACCUCAAGGAACUGAAUGGCGUAGGUAUUCCUACCUUGGUAGCGAACCUGCAGUUGAACGGGGAAGAGCGGUUGGAGAACUCGAAUAUUCGAAAAUCGUUGGUGCUUGAAAUUGGUAGCAAAAAGGUCGGAAUAAUUGGUGUGCUGUACGACAAAACGCAUAUCAUCGUCCAUACCGGGAAAGUCACCUUCCGAGAUGCCGCCGAUGCCGUUCGAGAGGAAGCUCUGCAUCUGCAUCGGAUGGGAAUCGACAAAAUCGUUGUCCUGUCCCACUGUGGCUUGGAGGACGAUAAACGAAUCGCAGCCGAUGCGGGUGAACACAUCGACGUCAUAGUGGGUGCCCAUUCCCAUUCGUUCCUCCGUUCGCCGGAUUCAAAUGCACCGUACGAUAAUGCUACGGAUGUGAUCGUGGGAGACUAUCCGCUGGUUGUGAACAGCAAGGACAACGGGAAAGCUAUUCCAAUUGUUCAGGCCAUGGCCUUCGGGAAAUACGUGGGCCGUUUGACGGUUUAUUUCGAUAACGAUGGUAACUUGAAGUACUGGGAAGGUUUUCCCGUGUAUAUUAACGGAUCAGUACAUCAGGAUGAACAGAUUGUACACGAUAUGCAACCGUGGCGAGAGAAGCUGUGGAAGCUGGGCUCAACAGUGGUCAGCGAAACACGCGUUCGAUUGAAUCGUGAGCCUUGCCGAAAAGUGGAAUGCACUUUAGGAAGUGUGGCAGCGGAUGCCUAUGCCAGUGCUUGGACGAACGAAACCUUUAGACCAUCGGCAUUCAUCCAAGCUGGUAACUUCAGGAACCCUAUUCCAAUUGGACCAAUCACAAACGGUUUGAUUAUCGAGGCGAUUCCGUACAGUUCCACCGUUGAUCUAUUGAAGCUUAGUGGGCAAAACAUUUGGGACAUGUUUGAACAUUCUUACACGUGGGAUGAUGAAAAUCGGACCAACUGCCUGCAGGUGUCUGGGUUCAAGGUUAGGAUCGAUCCAUCGAAGCCUUUUUACAACCGUGUGGUUACGAUUGAGGUUCGGAAUCAUUCGAACAUCGAGGAGAAAAUGUACAGUCCUUUAAAUCUGAAUGAUGAGUACUUUGUCGUUGCUCCAUCAUACUUGGCCGAUGCGAAGGAUGGUUUCGUUUGGGCUGGGAACGCGUCUAGUCGAAAGGGGGGCCCGUUGGAUGCGGAUGUGCUCACCGACUACGUUGCCAAGCUUAAGGUGAUCGAAGGCGUAAAAAUGGGGCGGGUGCAAAUCUGUGGGGUCAAUUGGGAUUGUGUGCACGAUGGCGAGGUUCUUUUGAGAGACGAUGGAAUAUCGACCGGAAAGUUAUAA